CAUCAAGAACUCUACCAGACCUCCAUCAUGAAGUUUGUUGCUCUUGCUGUCACCUUGUUGCUGGCCAUUGGCUCUCAGGCUGCUUCCCUGCAGGCUGAGGCACCCACUCCCCUGGCCCAUUUCCAGGCUGUUAUGGACGUCUAUUUGACACAAAUAAAAGAGAGUGUCCAGAGGACCCUUGACCAGCUUGAUGAUACCGAGUACAAAGAAUUUAAAGUUCUAGUCAGUACACGCCUGGAUGAAGUGGAGACUCAGGUCAAAACUCAGCUGAGUUCCUUUUCUACCAUCACCAACGGUGUGGUUACUACACUCAUUGAACUUACACAGCAAUUGCGCGAUGAUAUCCAGGCGGAUUUCAAUGCCUUGAAAACGAAUAAUGGGAUCCAAAAUCUUCGGGAGGUCCUUGAAAAACACUUUGCAGAGUACCAAAUGCUUUUCGAUCCUGUGAUCAAAGAUUAUAAGGCGAUGCAGAGCGCUCAAAUAGAGGCUCUGAUAAACAAGCUAGAGCCCCUUAAGGAAACACUACAAACCAAGGUGUCUAUCAAUGCUGAGGAGACCAAGGAGGCUCUCAUCCCCAUUGUCGAGGCUGUGCGUGACAAGGUUAAAGCACGUCUGGAGGAUCUGAAAGAUACGGUAAAACCCUAUGUGGAAGACUAUAAAGACCAGAUGAGGCAGGCAUACGACCAAGUAAAAGCCAUCAAACAAGAAGACCUCGUUGCCCUGAAAGAGAAGAUUUCCCCUCAAAUGGAAGAUAUCAGGGAUAAAUUCCAAAUUAUCGUGAAUACCAUCCAUGCAGCCUUGAAAGAGCUAGGUUCUGACUAG